AUGACUUACGAAGAGUCGGAGAAGAAUGUAGAUGGACCUGGUUCCUUUAUUAAAAAAGAAGAUUCUUCGAAUUACAAAUUACGCGUUCAUCUACGUGAACCUGAGCUUAUAGUCACCCAUGCUGGGCAUGUCGUGGAAGAACCAAAAUACGAAAAUUUGGAAGAUUUUUUGAAUUCGUAUGUAUCUUUAGAAGACGGUGAUUAUGAUGUUUCUUCCGCCGAAGAAAAAAUAAAAGAUGAAGUCGAUCUUCGACGAAGAAUUGAGGAAUUCCGAAGAAAGGGAUACUUCAGUGCUGAGGCUCCUGUAGAAUUAAAAAAGGGACCAGGCUCCAUGAGGCCUCCUUUAUCAUACAGGGAUAAUUUUUUAUCUCAUAUUCAUGGAUUAGCCCGUUAUAUGCACAAUGAAAGAAAAGUACGAGCAUCUCGAGCUCGUAAAGUUUCUGGUAUGAUUUUAGGGCAUUUUAAGCGUCUUUCCGGAGCAGAUGAAAGAAAAGCUAAAGAAGAAGAAAAGCGAAUUCGUCUUCUAGCCAAAAGGACUGCUUGGGAAAUUCGUAAGAAAUGGAAAGUAGUAGAAAGAGAAGUUCGGCGAAGACGAGCAGAACGUGCUGAAGAGGUUCAUCGUCUAGCUGGCAAAGAGCAGUUGGCGAAUAUAUUAAAACAUUCUACCGAUUUACUAGAAGCUAGGAUUGAGCGGCAAACUGGUCCUCCUGCCAAACAGAAAAAGGUAAAGGAGAAGUCUUCGAAAAAUGAUUUGAACUAUUUGAGAGAUACUCCAGAUGACCAAUUAUCCAUCGAAGAGCUGAAGCUUAAGUAUAGUAAUCCUGAAAUAGUUGGUUCUCUCGGUCAAAACGUUGAAUCUGAUGAAUCCGACGAAGAUCAACUUGAUUCCGAAAACGAAUUACCCGAAGAAGUUUCCGAUGACGAAGAAACUCGAGGACAACAAACGGCAUUACCAAAAUUUAAUGAGAGCAUUGAGAAAAAUCGGACGAACACUAACAGGAUUACUCGUGCUUCUGCUAGAAAACUAGCCUCACAAAAUGAAAUAAAGCAAGAACUUAAUGGUGGCCAUGAUGAUGAUUUAUACCAUGACAAACAGAACAAGGGUGGCUCCAAUAAUAAAAGCUUACGUUUAAAAAACCACGAAGAAGAAUUUGAAAAUGAGUCUACUUUAUCUUCCCUAUAUGAUAAUUCUGUCCAAUCAAAAAAGCGUUCUCACGAAGUUGAGGAAGAAAUUUCUAGGAAACGACAACCAAUUGAGAAUGAAGUUCCCAAAGAUUCUCAAAUAAAUGAAAUUUCUACCAUAACGGCAAACAAAGUUGAGAUUCCUUUUCUUUUUCGCGGUUUCCUUCGUGAAUAUCAGCAAUUUGGAUUGGAAUGGUUGACUGCACUUCAUGAAAGCAAUACCAAUGGUAUUCUAGCUGACGAAAUGGGCUUAGGUAAAACUAUUCAGACAAUUGCUUUGUUGGCUCACUUAGCUUGCGAAAAAGAAAAUUGGGGGCCGCACUUGAUUAUUGUACCUACAAGUGUUAUGUUAAACUGGGAAAUGGAGUUUAAAAAAUUUCUUCCUGGUUUCAAAAUAUUAACUUAUUAUGGUAACCCUCAAGAGCGAAAAGAAAAACGUACAGGAUGGUAUAAGCCAGAUACGUGGCAUGUUUGUAUCACAUCUUAUCAGCUUGUUUUGCAGGAUCAUCAGCCUUUUAGGCGAAAAAAAUGGCAAUACAUGAUUUUAGAUGAAGCUCAUAAUAUUAAAAAUUUUCGAUCACAACGGUGGCAGUCACUGCUAAACUUUAAUGCAGAGCAUCGCCUGCUCUUGACGGGUACUCCCUUACAAAAUAAUUUGGUGGAAUUGUGGUCGCUUCUUUAUUUCUUAAUGCCUGCUGGUGUAACGGAUGCCAAUUCUGGAUUCGCUAAUCUCAAAGACUUUCAAGAUUGGUUUUCAAAGCCUAUGGAUCGACUAAUUGAAGAGGGAAGUGAAAUGAAUGAAGAGGCCAUGACUACUGUUUCAAAAUUGCACAGAGUUUUGCGACCCUAUCUCCUUCGUCGCCUGAAAACAGAAGUAGAAAAGCAAAUGCCGGGGAAGUAUGAACACGUUGUUUAUUGUCAGCUCUCAAAGAGACAAAGGUUUCUGUACGAUGACUUUAUCAACCGGGCACGUACGAGAGAAAUAUUAGCAUCAGGGAAUUUUAUGAGCAUUAUUAACUGCUUGAUGCAACUUCGUAAAGUAUGUAACCAUCCUAAUUUACAUGAAGAACGUCCGAUUGUUACGUCGUUUGCUCAGCGUCGGUCAGCUAUCGCUGAUAUGGAAAUAAAAGAAAUGCUGGUUCGUAAAAGGCUAUUGGAAGACGAGCCAAUGAGGAAGCUGGAUCUUUCUACUUUGCGCCUUGUCUGUACAGAUUCUGAAUCUUUUGACGCUGUUACAUCAAGAGAGAUGGGAGCGCUGUGCGCUUCUGAUGGAUAUGACAAAAGAUGUACAUUAUUGGAAAUGGAAAUAGAUCAACAAUCAUCUGCAAAUUACAUAAAAAAGGCGGAAUUUGGAUUUGAUUUCCAAAACAAAAAAUAUAAACGUGAGCUCGAGACAAUGCGCCACCAGAAAUAUUUAAAUGAACAAAAAUGCACUCGUAAACCAAUAUUCGGAAACAAUCUUAUACAAAUGGUCAGAGAAUUACCGAGGAAUUAUCGCGCUAUUGAUUAUACUCUCACCGCGCAAAGUGACUCUAACUAUAAUUUGAACACGACUUCUAUGCUACGUGAUUCUAUUUUAAGCGUAGAAGAGCGCGCUGAUUCUAUGAAAGAGAUUCUUCAAAAUUUUGCUUGCAUUACUCCUCAAGCUGUUGUUGUAGAUCUGCCAGAAUUAUUUACAGGACCUGUCAAAUACAAUGUAACGCCUAAAAUGAAGCAAGACAAUUGGCCAUGGCACCAAGCUGCAACGAGACUUGCUAUUGCAUUUCCUGAUCGCCGAUUAUUGCAGUAUGAUUGCGGUAAGCUACAAGUUCUUGACAAGUUGUUAAGAGACUUAGUUUCGAACGGCCAUCGAGCUUUAAUCUUUACACAAAUGACCAAGGUUUUGGACAUUUUGGAACAAUUUUUAAACAUACACGGACAUCGAUAUUUGAGGUUGGAUGGUGCUACGAAAAUAGAACAAAGACAGAUAUUAACUGAAAGAUUUAACAACGAUGAUAAGAUUCCGGUAUUUAUAUUGUCUACGAGAAGCGGUGGAUUGGGAAUCAAUUUAACAGGUGCUGAUACAGUCAUUUUCUAUGAUUCAGAUUGGAAUCCACAAUUGGAUGCCCAAGCUCAGGAUCGGUCUCAUAGAAUUGGGCAGACAAGGGAUGUUCAUAUUUAUCGUCUCAUCAGCGAAUAUACAGUCGAGUCGAAUAUGCUGCGAAGGGCAAACCAAAAACGGAUGCUUGAUAAAAUUGUCAUUCAAGGAGGUGAGUUUACAACUGAAUGGUUCAAAAAAGCGGACGUUUUGGAUUUGUUUGAUAUAGAUGAAAAGGAUUUAGAGGAGGCUGAAGCUGAAGCUGAAACUGCGAACAAAGCAGAUGAUGAAAAUUGGGAAGAUGCUUUGGCGGCUGCUGAAGACGAGGAAGAUGUAAAGGCCGCACAGGUUGCCCGGAAAGAAUCAGUGCUUGAAAGGAAUGAGUUUAUUGACAUGCCUACACCGCAAGUUUCGUCUGCUAGAGAAAGCACUUCAUCACCGUCAAGUAUGACUCCGGUCUACGACAAAGAAGCUGAAGAGGAGGAAGAAGAACAGCAGUCAAAUUUUGACGAUGCCGGUUUAGAGAACGAAGAAGAUUUGGAACAAGAAACUGUUGAUGAUACUCUCGGACACAUUGAUGAGUAUAUGAUUGGAUUUUUGGAACGAGAAGGCACAAGUGAUGAAUGGUAA